UUGCUUGAUGAAUCUGUCAUCUUUAGUUUUACAAUACAAAUUCCUAUCUAUUAUAUUAAAAAUGCAAAUAAUUCGAUUAUUAUAAAUUAUAUUUUUAAAUGACUGCUUUUUAUACAUUAAUGGUGUACAGUUGUAUCUUAUUACACUAUAUUUUGUUCUAUAACUCCUUACCGUGUUAAGAAAAAAGGGUUCAAAUUAAGACCCUUCCCUUGGUUCAUCCAGAGGAUUCAUAGUUUUUUAAAGACAAAAAACUACUUUUAGUUGUUAAAUGGAUCUAAAAGCCUUGUAAACAGUCAAGGGUGUUUAAUUUAUCAACUUAUUACAGUGCUAGAGGAUUUUAUCGUUUAAUUUUCGCCGGUAUUAUGUGCCUAUGUGAAGGAUAAUGGCGGAUUUUGUGGUCCUCUUAUUGCAGACAAGCUAAAGUAUCUUGAGAAGAUAAAGAAAACAGUGUAAUGGAACCAGUGUUGCAAAGGUUGGGAGAUGUUACCAUCCAAAGACUGGAAAAGCCAAAAGAGCCAGUAAAAAAUCCACCUUCUACCAGUCAGAACACUUUAAAAGAUUUGAAAGCAAAGGAAGAAAAUGAAGACUCUGAACAUUAUAAUUCAUCAGAAGAAGAAAGUGGAGAAGAUUAUGAUGACCCAGAUGAUGAAAACAUUUUCAAUCAUCCAGGUGGCCCCUCCCAACCUACUCCUACACCAAAACCACCUAUUCAGAAUCCAUUACAAGAUCUUAAAAGAAGCCUUCCAUCAGUUCCACUGGGCCUAGGUCCAGAGAUUACAUUUAAGAAGUUCAAGGUGGAUAUCCCUGAAACUUCACCACAAAAGCCUGCAAUUAAACCAGCGCAACAAAUCCCAGCGCAAAAUCCCGUUCGUUCACUUCAAAACUCCAGUGUUGCAGAGGAAAAUGAGCCGAGUAUCAGUGAUGAUGAAAUGUCUUAUUAUGAUUCUGAGCUGGAAUCUGAGGGAGAGCUUCAAGAUCUGGGAUCAGACUUAGGACUGAAUAUGAGUAUAGAAGAUAUGUUUAAAACCCAAAAUCUACCUCAGGAGAAACCUAAAGCUAAAGCAUCAGCUCCAGCCCCAGCAACAAACCCCCCAAGUACUGAAAAAAUACCCUCUUCAACUGCCAAUGUGAGUACACUAAAUAGCUUUUCCACCCAAGCACCAACAGCAGGACCGAAUGCCCCAAGCAACGAUGAAGAGCCAAACGACGACAAUGAUGAAAAUAGUGACGAGGAUGAGACGUCGUUUUUCGAAAAAUUAGUGGAGCAAGCCGAAGUUCCUCCCGCGACGCCUUCCUCUGAAAUCACCGUAAAAAGCGAGAGCCCUGACGAGGAUUAUGACGUGGACAUUAAGGAGAAAUUAAAAGAAAUGGGAGAGAUCACUUUUGCUUCUGUAAAAAAGGGCGAUAAACCCAAGAAUAAUAGCGAUCCUGCGUCGGAAAAUGAAGUUGUAAUAAGGAAAAAAUCAGGCGAGGAAGUAACUGUAUUGAGCAAAGGAAAUUUACGUCGCAAUAUCAGAGAAGUAAUGGAUGAAACGAAGUUAGACGAGGUCACUUUGGCGGCCCAAAGACAAGAAGCUGAAAGGUUGAAGAGGGUGCAAGAACAACAACGGAUAUUGAGGGAGUACCAAAGACAAGCCCAACAAGAGAGGAUGCAACAAAGAGUCAUGUCACUCUUACAGGGAAAUAAUUUUCCUCCAAAACCUGGUGCGGCAAAUCAAACAAGGAUAGGCGACACCGUUCUAAUGAAACUGCCCAACGGCCAAACCAAACCGAUAACGAAAGUGCCGCGGCCCCCGUUCGAUCCAUUUCUCAAAAUGCCGAAACCGGAAUCGGCCCAUUCGCGGUAUCCGGGAAUGCACGGACUACCGCCCAUGGGUCCCAUGGGAAUGAUGGGACCCAUGGGGGCGCCCAGGGGUUAUCCCAAACCGCACAUGCCCAGGGGUAGAGGCAUGGGGCAUCUUCCGUCUUCGUUUAGGUUUUCCCCGAUGCAUAAACGGGGCCAUCCGUUCAUGCCUGCCAGGCCCCAUCAAAGCGAUAGCGAUAGUGAGAGCGAGGAGAGGCGUAGGAUGUUUUCGCCGGCGGGAAGGAGAGGAAGAAAAGGAAAGGCCCCAAACGAGCAAUCAACAAUCGAAGUUUCAUCGGACGAUGACUGCAUAGUCGUAUCUGAGUCCGAAGCCGAUCAGAACGCCGAAGAGGAAGACGAACCGGAUGAUCCUAGCAACUCCGGGAUGCAUACCAACGACGAAUUUAACCAACCGGACGAGCAGGGACGAGUUUUGGUCAACGUUGGACAUCCAGAUGACGAACCCGACGUGUUUGUAGCCCCGCAGAUCGCGCGAAUCAUAAAACCUCACCAAAUUGGCGGCGUGCGAUUUUUGUAUGAUAACAUCAUCGAAACUGUGACUAAGUUUGAUCCUAUGGCUGGUUUUGGCUGUAUAUUGGCCCACUCCAUGGGACUAGGAAAAACCUUACAGAUCGUCACUUUUUCCGAUGUUUUCUUACGUUAUACUCCGUGCAAAACGAUUUUGUGCAUUAUGCCAAUCAAUACUUUGCAGAAUUGGAUGGCGGAGUUUAAUAUGUGGACACCCUCAGCCGAGAAUGCUGUUGGAAGUCCUCUAAACGCCCACGGCGAGGUGCGUCCCAGAAAUUUCGAUAUUCACGUCCUAAACGACGGCCAUAAAACGCUGGUGGCCAGACAGAAAGUUAUUCACGCGUGGAGAACCCAGGGAGGGAUUCUCCUCAUUGGAUACGAACAGUUUCGACUACUAAGCAUGAAAAAACAUCCAAAAAGUAAGAGGAAAGGUGCGAUGCCGGCGCCAGAUAAUCCGGACGAUUUUAAAAAUAAACAUAUUUUUGACGAAAUCUACACUUCAUUGGUGAAUCCCGGCCCAGAUCUUGUAAUAUGUGACGAAGGGCAUCGCAUUAAAAACUCCCACGCGUCCAUUUCGGCUGCUCUAAAGCAACUUAGAACCAAAAGGCGCGUUGUACUGACCGGAUAUCCGCUACAAAACAACUUAACCGAAUACUGGUGUAUGGUGGAUUUUGUAAGGCCUAAUUAUUUAGGUUCAAAAACAGAGUUUCUUAACAUGUUCGAGCGACCAAUCAUGAAUGGUCAAUGUAUAGAUUCUACUGAAGCAGAUAUUAAGUUGAUGCGAUACCGUGCGCACGUAUUACAUUCGUUACUGGUCGGGUUCGUUCAAAGGCGUUCGCAUACGGUUUUACAAACGGUUUUGCCGCAAAAAGAGGAAUACGUACUUUUGGUACGACUUACGCCUUUCCAAAGGAAACUGUAUGACACUUUUAUGAACGUGGUGGUUAGAACUGAGGCGGUACCGAACCCGUUGAAAGCAUUCGCGGUUUGCUGUAAGAUCUGGAACCACCCGGAUGUCUUGUAUAACUUUUUGGUGAAACGUACCAAAGGUGAUGCUGUCGAUUUGGAUUUGGAGGAGGUGGCCAGUACAGUUAGCGGCGUAACUUCAACUUCUACACCGGACACCAAACCAAAAAGAGGCCCAGGUAAACCAAGAAAAACCCCUACAAAAGCCCAAAAAGGCAAACCCGCCGCAUCCAUUACUCCCUACAACAGCAACGUAGAUUCCAUGACGACGUCCAUGCAGCCUCCAACAUCAUCUGCGAGCGGCUCAAACUUACAACCACCCACCGAAACCCGAUCUCAGUUUAAUUCCGGAAACACCACGACAUUUUCAAAUACGUUCUCGAACGCCCCGAAAUCUGCCGAGACAAAUUAUGGCCCGUAUACCGACGAAUAUAACCAGCCUAGAACAUCCUUUGAAGGCAUAUCGCAGUUUUUCGACGAUCACUUAUCACAGUCCUAUGAUUCACCAUUUGAUGAGAACGCCCAGUUCUCCCCUUUUCCCACUCAGAGUCCCACUGGGUAUUCUCAAACCGGGGAAUUCCAGCAACAAGACCAAAGUUUUCAGCAAAAUGGCCCCUUUACUGAUGCCAUUUCUUCCACCAGCAGUAACCCACAUCAGCCGCCAUCUAACCAAACUAGUCUGUUUAAUAUGGACAGUCAGAAUACUGUUACAGUUAACAAUGCGAAUCCUGUUAAAAGCAACCCUAAUAUUCCAUGUUUACCCUCGGGAAUUUCUUUGACUCCUUUAGGCAGCAAGGGGCCACAAAAUCCACCCACGGGAAAUUCUUUGGUCUCUCAAACGCCGGACAGUGGACCAAAAAUGACGGGUUUUAGUGGAAAUCAGCAAAAUUUACUACCAGAUCCCCAAUAUAAUAUGGAUCAGCGAGCAGCAUAUGAACAGAAUAAUUUUGGACCGCAGCAAAAUUAUUGGGAGCCUGAGAGAAAGCCAGAAUUGAAUCAGCCAGGGCCAAAUAAUUCACACGCCGGUAACAACUUGGGCAAUGCAAACUUUCCCUAUCAAAACAACCCGACUCCUUGGAUGAAAAAAGAAGAAUUAAGCCCUGUUACUCCCAACCACUUGUCUAGUCCGCAAAAAAGCGAAUCCAGUAACGAUUCUAAACCGAAAAUUAAAAUCAUAAGUGACAUUAAAUUACCCUCGGUAUUUUCUCCCGAUAAAAAGAUAAACAUAAUAAGUGAUAUUAAAAUCGAGCCAAAGAAAGAAGAGAAGGACGAUAAGGAUGUUAUUAAGACAGAAGUGGAAAUGCUGAAAAACGAACUGCAGAACGAGUUAAAGAUCGAGGAUGAAGUGAAACCGCCCGCACCGUUUGAAUCUCCGUUAUCUAAAUUGACUUCUUUGCCGCCGUUGAAGGAUUCAAAAGAGGAUGUGAUACCUUAUGAUUGGGCUCUGGAUCUUCUUAGAGACUAUGUACCCGGUCUGAUAGAAAACUCUGCCAAAUUUCAAAUAUUAUUUUGUAUUAUAAGGGAAAGUUUAGCUUUAGGUGACCGACUGCUAGUCUUUAGCCAGUCUCUAAUUACGUUAGAUUUAAUUGAGCAGUUCCUUCAAGCCAGCCAGAUACCCGGCGAGACCCAGAAGUGGGCCAAGAAUGUCAGUUAUUAUAGGUUGGACGGGUCAACAGGCGCCCAAGAAAGAGAAAAACUGAUAAACGAAUUCAACUCGAAUCCCAAAAUCCACGUGUUUCUUGUGUCGACUAGAGCGGGUUCUCUAGGCAUUAAUUUAAUUGGCGCUAAUCGGGUGGUGGUAUUGGACGCAUCUUGGAACCCGUGCCAUGACACUCAAGCCGUUUGCCGAGUGUAUCGAUAUGGGCAGCGCAAACCUUGUUUCGUUUAUCGAUUGGUGGUCGAUAAUUGCCUGGAAAAGAAAAUUUACGAUCGACAAGUUAGUAAACAAGGUAUGUCCGACCGUGUGGUAGACGAAUGCAACCCGGACGCACAUUUAACCAUGAAAGACGUGAGCACGUUAUGCUUCGACGACAAAAAGGACGAGGGAGAAUUAAAAGACUGGUCUUGCUGCAAAGACAAAUACAUCGACGUGGUGUUGCAAAAAGUUCUCGACUUGCACGGCACGGCCUUCACCAAAGAACCAUUCCAACACGAAUCGUUGCUGGUCGACCGUAAGGAAAAGCAACUUUCGCAACAGGAAAAACGACUCGCGAAAAAGGGUUACGAGAGGGAGAAGAACGCCGCGAGACAACCGGCUUAUUUAAGCGGAUCUGGAAGAGGACACCGUCCUGUAGCAUCCGUACGCCCAAUGCAACAAGGAAACGAGCGGCCGUCACGUUGGAUCCCGGCAGAGCAUUGGCAACGUCAAGGCAUGACCGCCCAAGAAAUGACAUUGCCAUUGGACGUCGUAAUACCAACCAAUCAACCCGAGAAAGGCAACAUUGUCUUAAAAGCGGGUCAAAAAGUACUCGUCCUCAAAUCCCCCAAGGGCGUCUACAUGCAACUAGAAAGCGGUAAAAUUGUCGCCAUUAAAACGGCGAUAAAAGUAAAAGGAAAAGCGGACGAAAACCCUACGGCGGAUCCGAUGAAACUUGCCGCAGGAAAAAUGCCCCCGUUACCACCACAAAUGAAAAACAACCCGUCACUCUCGGUGAUUCCCCAAAAAAGGUUACAACAGCAGCAGCAGCAGCAGCAAAAACAUUUGCAGAACUCACCUUCAGGUCCAAUUAUACCGGGGCUAAGUAAAGUGACGGUGAAAAGUAUUCAAAAACCGAGUCCCAAUUUGGUAUCGAAAACACAGCAAGGUGCGGGCAAAAAGAUGCAAAGUAUGCCCGUCAGGAAACCUGAAACUAUAAACCAGCCGAAGGAAGGAGAUGGAAUACCGGGGAGCAGUAGCGAAGACGAAAAUCUGCCGAUGAAUCUGGAUGUUCCUCCUGUGGAACAGCAGCGACCGGAAUUGGAAAAACCCGUUGCACCAUCGAAACCGCCCGAUGACGAGCUGGAAAAGCAAAUUUCUCAGUUGAAGAAGAACAUAUCAAUUCAGAGGAUUACGCCUGGUGGAAUUAAACAGCCCUUAGUAACAUCGUCAACAUCGGCAUCUCAAUCACCAGUACAGCCGAAACCUGUUCAGCCCAAACCAGUACCAAGAAAUCCAUUACAACAGAAACCGAUGCCGGUGCAGAAAUCUCUGACGUCGCAAGAAAACCCUUUGGGCAAACCCCAAAAGCCCGCCGAUAUCUUGGGAAAAUCAAUUUUGGAUAAUACGCCAUUCCAGGAAACUCUGGAAAGUAUUACGGCAGGGUUCAAGAAUCCAGAUAAUAUCGACGAUCUGGAUUCAGAGGACGAUGAAGAUGACGAAGAACGUCGGGAAAUUGAGGAAGACGAAGAUGAACCCAUGUCAGAUAUGGAACCAACUAAAGAGGGUGAAGACGAAAGGGCGGAACACCAGGAGGGAAGUGACCAAAGUGAUGAGGUGACGUACGUUUCUGAGCAACCGGGUACGGAACAAUAUCCAAAUCAGCGCGGAAAUCUACAAAAGACUGACGGUAGUGAUUAUAACGCUUCUACUAGCGGAUAUAAUUACAACUAUAAUUAUAACGUGCCUCCAUAUCAGGGGCAUCCGCCACCUCAAGGUUACGUAUAUCCCCCUCAACCACCACCGACAUACGACGGUUACAACGCAUAUCCUCACGCCCAGCAACCUCCGUACCAAUACGGAUACCAAGGAUACGUACCGCCGACCCAACCUCACUACCCCCCACCUCCGCCACAACCGGGUUACGAUUACAGUAAUCCCCAGCCGCCGAUUUACCCCAAUUAUCCGUAUCCCCAACAGUACCCGCCGCCCCCGCAAGCUUAUCCGCCCCCUCCGGCUUCUAGUGGGGCUCCUGCCAAUUUUACCGAUUAUUCACAGUAUUCAAAUCAGUCCCAGAGUUCGUCUGGCAACUAUUUUCAAAACAGUUAAGGUAGGACGGGUUAAUUUAGUAUCAUUUUAAAGUAGAUAAUCACUGUAUUUCCUCGUUGUUGCAAAGUGUAGGCUGUUGAUUAUUUAGGAGAACAAAACGGGAUAAAAGGAUCUAAAACGUUAACAUUUAUCCACUGUUCAGUUUUACUAGAAAAAUGUGAAUAGAUGUCGUCAGUUGUAGUGCUGUGUAAUUGACUAUCGGGAAAGUUAAAUUAAAUUAUAAACACGUAUUCAAAGUAACAAGAAUUUAAGUAUUAGUAAUUCUUCUUACAAUGAAUACGUAUUUUGUUUGGGCUUUUUCGAUCAAAAAUUUUAGGCAAUAUAAUUUUCCAACUUGGAACGCUAACAAAAUAAUUCCUAAGUGAAUUUUCCUACAGGCAUUACUGACUAAAAAUAGGCAUUACUGUAAAAAAAGAACUAUCGUUUUCUGUGUCUAAAAGUCGAUUUUUACAACUUUCUCAAAUCAUUUACAGUGGCGGCUCGUGGUUUUUGAGUGGGACACACAAGAAGGCUUUUCUUAUAUUUAUUGCGGCUCUUAAAAAACAUAGGUAAACAUAUUCCACCCGUUGCAGAGUGGUUAACAAUGUAUUUUAAAAACUAGCGUAGUUUAACAAGUAACUAAAUUAUGGUACAAUAAAUAGAUAAUCUUACUAAUGUAUAAAUCCAAAAUGCUAUUCAGUAAUUCCCUUUUAAAUUUAAGAAAAGGUAAUAUUUUCAAUUGAUGGAUUUUUUACCGUAAAACGAGGUGACUUUGCUCCUCUUUUUGAAUAUAAAUUUAAAAAUUGCUAAAAUUAUUACAAAAUUACGAAAUUUCUUUACUCUAGUUGCAUUCUACAUACAAGAAACAUCUUAAAGAAUUACUAUUUUGAAGAUUUGUGCGUAAAAAUAUCGAAUAUCUCGUUUUUUUUUAGUUAGAAAAGUGGAACAAACUCGCCCAUAGCCCGGGGUUAUUUUGCCCCACCCUAAAUAUGUAGGCAAAACUCUUACAUUUGCUUUUCCCCGGCGAGUAAAAAGAGGGAUGUAAAAAUUAAAAAAAAUUAAAGUUUUUGAGGUUUUUAAUAUAAGGAAAUGCAAAUGUUUCUUAAAUAUUACAAAAAAUGUUAACACUUGAAUAACGCAUUGCAGUUUAAUCAAUAAAUACAUGCAAAGCUGCAAAAAUUAAAAAUAGAUUCUAAAAAUAGGAAAGAAAACACGUAUAAUAGGUAAGGCAUUAGGUUAAUAAUUAAAGUAUGGAUUUAGUCACUAUACCAGCAGGCCAGCUCAGGCACAGAGAAAAUGCCUCUUUUUGUAACUUGUUUAGGGGGUUUAAUAGAUCCCCGAACAUCAGACCAUGAAUAAGUAAGCUCGUCUGGCUUUGAGGGCCAUUUUCACAUCUUUAGCGACUUCUGCAUAGAUUUAAUUCGGACAUCCUCUCUGGUAAAGGAAACGAUUUGCCCGGGGUAAAGUUGUCCUUCAUAAACAAAUACAACAAAACGCCCUACUUCCUUUACAACCAUAUCGAAAUUAUCUUUUCGUGCCUUGUGUAAUAAAAUCUUCUUGUUCCAUGGCUUCAUCUAUUGCUCCAUCUUCUUGUUCUAUUGCUUCUUCUUCUUCUUCUUCUUCUACUAUUUCAUUCUCAGCGCACACACUCUUGCCUGGAGGAGUAUUAAUUUUUUUUCUACGAUUAUUUUUUGUAAUCGUACACAAAGUUCUUCUUGUGUCCAGUAUUUUAAGGAUAUAAGAUUCUAUCAUACUUUUAUUAUGUGAAGUUGAAGGAAUGCGGGUUAAAACCUCUUCAAUAUUUAAAGGGAAUAUUCCGCAUUUGCGAAAGCCGGAAAGCAAGUUAUCUUUGAUGGUUGGCUCAAUCAUAUUCAUCAUUUUUGAUAAGGUGGAGGAAAAUUUUGUUUCUGAAUGUUUGUGUUUCUAAUACCAUCUUCAGUGUCUUUCCAUUCUGAUAAUACUUUGCGCCAAGCUAUUUUGAUUGGACGAAAAAAUGCCACAUCCAAAGGCUGUGUUAGGUGGGUACUAUUUGCCGGCAAACAAACUAAACUUACGUGAUUUUGACGACACAAUCUAAGGGAAUGAACUGUCAAAUGAGAAGAAAGGUUGUCACAUAUUAGCACUGUCUUUCCUUCUAAUUUUUUCAAUCUCGGCAUCAUUUGAAAUUCGAGCCAGUCAGUAAAUAUGUUGCUAUGAAACCAACCUGAAGAACUAGCAUUAUAGCGACAUCCUUUUGGCCCAUUUUCUGUCCAUGUAGUCCACAUAAUAGUAGCUCGAUAAACCACAUAUGGUGGCAACAGCUCUCCAGCAGCAUUUUCUGCGAACAUGACAGAUAUUGAUGUCUUCGAAGCAUUUCGAAUAUAUUCAGGGUAUUUGGAACCUUUCUUGACAAGACCCCUUUCUUUCCCCGGAUCGUCCGUAAGGUUUGUCUCAUCAAAAUUCCAUAUAUUGGUUGAAGGAACAUCACGUAAUUCACUGGCCAAAUUAUUAAAAAAGUUGCGUAGAACAGUUUCAUCUACUGCCGCUCUUGCACGCUUUACAUUCUCGGCAAAGCGUAAAGACAAAUGGCAAUGUCUUGCAAUAAACGAAUUUGCCCAUUCAAUGCCGGGUAAAUUAUUCUGGAAGAUCUUCACAUUUCUCCCACAUCUGUCCAGAUAAUCCUUAAUAAUAUGACGCAGCUCUUGAGUAUCGACUGGAAAACCAAAGUCUCCCAAAGCAAUAAUGCACUCAACAAAAUCCUCUUCCUCUUGUAAAGAAAAAACAGGUUGACCACCUGGUUUUCUAUUAUGUUUUUUCUUAAGUUUAUUUAAAAUCGUUCUUCUAGGUAUAUUGUACUUUUGUUCUGUUUUUCUGUAUGAUAGUGCCCCUGAUCUAACUUCAGCCAAGCAUUCUCCCAAUGUUUCUUUGGUAUAGUCUGCAUACCUUCUGGCCCCAGCUUUUCUUUGAUAUUUCCUAGGCAUGCUGAAACAAAAAAAAUAAUUCAUGACGCCGACCUUUAGUUUUUUUUUUUGAUAAAAAACAAACAGAAGCUUUCUUCAUUAUUUAUUUGAAAUACUUUAGCCGGAGCAAAGUAACCCCAGACUUGUAGUUUGAGGUGGCUUUGCUCCGGUGAAAAGUAACCCCCAAAACUGCGAAAUGUUGACAGUAAAACCGAAAUUCGUUUUUCAAGAAUUAUUUACGACUAUUAAAUAGUUCUACUAGGUAAAAAAUAAUCACAAGGUAAUUCAAUAUCAACUUUGCCAUACUUACUUGUUACACCUAGAAUAAAAACCAAAAUACACACAAAAUUUUUUGAGGUUAAAUUAUAACAAAAUAUUAAGCGUAUCUUCCCUCUGCAGUUGACUGAACGGUACUGAAGGUAUCGACGUGCGCAGCGCGCUCCGUUUAGCCAAAUUGGUAAUGUUGGAUACACUCGUUUUAAAUACACACUUACAUACACACUUUUUAAAUGGAGCAAAGACGGGGGUGGAAAAGUCACCCCGGUUUACGGUAUAUAAAUAAUUUUUCUGGUCUAGUAACUGAACCAGAGGGAGGCUUGAUCACACUUUCUGCCGUAGUUCUAAAUCAUGUGCAACGUGACUAAACUUAAUUUUGAUACAGAUAUUUUGGCAAAUUUCUAAAAAAUAAUUUGAUGAUACCACAUUAAAUAAUAUAAAGUUUGCGUUUCUUAAUACACCAUACAAAAGCUCACAAUAUCGACACGUUCAAGGCCUAAUGACACAAGCGCCAUUUUACAAACUUUAGAAGAAGUAGAAAAAAAAAACAUAUAAAACUGUUUCUUUUACUUUUAAAGUGUUGGGUUAUUAUCUAAUAAAACCUGAUUUUAUUAUGCUUUUUGUAUGAAUUUCUUUAUCUUAACUAAUAAAAUAUUGCUGUAAUAUAGAGAAUAAACUAUUUUUGCCGCCUAUGUCGAACUUCAAUGGUUUUUUUACAAAAUAUAUGAAUUGGCGCCUAUCUCUAGAUAAGCCAAAUCAUUUUUUUAUAUGCACAUUUUUUUAUAUAUUAAUUUUUCUCUUGUGCCAAAAAAAUAGACAAAAUCUGGCUAUAUAGUAAAAAAAAACAAACUCUCAAAAUACAAAAACGACAUAAUUUUACAUUACGUAACUAUAAUCAGCCAAUAUCAGUCUCAUUAAGUUUAUCAAGUAUUGAUUCAGUACAUUUUACAUAUUCUGCGUGAUAUUCGGGCCUGAUAACUAAAUCAAUACAAAGUUUUUUAAAAUCAUUAAAUUUUUUGACAUUAAUGCUUGGGAGUAAAUGGUAAUAAAUAAAACUGAAACAAAAAGGUAUAAAAUUAUGUUUUUUUUAGAUAUCAGAAGCAUAAAAAACUUAGAUAGCUAAAAAAUACGUAUUAAAUGCGUCCUUAAUAAAACUACCAAAAAGGUUUAACUUUAAAAAAAUUUAACUCGAACUUCAGAGUCUCAUUCGAGACAUUAGAUAUUCCUGUUUGUUCUGAAAUAACUUGGCUCACAUUAGAUGCAUGUGACGCUGAGAGAAAUCAUUGGCAGUUCACUAAAUCUAGGCUAAAAACAUCGAUAUUGAAGUCCCCCAUGCAAGCAUAACAUGUCAUCGCAUAUAAGGAAAGAUUUAGAAAAUGUAUCCUUAAACUCGUAAUUAACAGUUCUAAAGAUUUAGAAAAUUUAUCCUUAAACUCCUAAUUAACAGUCGCACUGGGACCCUAACAGUGUACCCGGAGAAUAUGGAAGGAGGGGGUUAGGAACUAACCCCAGAUUUCCUUGAAACCGGAACAGGGGGAUGAGCGACUGACCCCAGAUUUUUGUGUGUGUAGGUGCUUUUUUUUAAGUAAUAAAAUCAAUGAUCUUAUUAAAAAAAACAUUUUAUUUUUUUAAAGACUUUAAUAAAAAAUAAGUGUGCAAAAAAACUAACUAUUAUUACAGAUUAUGCAAUGUCUAGUUGUUUUAAUUUGUUCGCUGGCCGUAUGCCUAGGGCAAAUAUACUUUUCGCAAUUAGAACAUGUCUUCAUAUAUCAGCCGAUCUUGGACAAAUAAAACAUCUUCCUUUUUUGGGAAUCUUCUGCACAGCGGACCGAGUAGCUGGUCCAUUUGCCUCUCGACGAACUAAACCUCUCGUUGUGUGCUGGUCCUGUUGACAUUCCAAACCAAAAAUUUUCAAAGAAGCUAUAUAUUUAUAUUGAAGUCUCUUAUACUUUGAACGAUUUCUCAUGUUGAUUUGACACAACUCCUUGCCUAAGCAUUUUAGAAAUAUUUUUCUCCCAGAUUUUUGUUUUGGAUUCUCUCUUGCCCAGUUCUCGUUAGCUUUUAUGAAAAGAAUAUAGGAGUUGUAGGCAACUAUAACGAUCACAUUGAAAAAAACAGCCAUCGGCCAUCUUCUUGUGCCUCGCCGACAACUAUAUGCCCUUACACAUUUAUCAAGCGUAUCAACGCCGGCUUUUGUGGAGUUAUAGUACAGAAUAAUUUCUGGCUUGUCAUUUUUCACUUGCAUAUUAUGAUGUUGUGUAGAAGGAAGCGAAUAGUGCCGGGAGUUGCAUCCUUCAACGAUUGUGGUCUUAGUUCUGGUGGAACAUUUUUUCUGUUACUCAUUAUUGUUCCCACGACUGUAAGAUUUUGUUCCAACAAAGCAUUUGCUGUUGGCACUGACGUAAAUUUUCAGUCCAUUGUGAUAUUGCGACCACAAACGGUUCCACCAAAAAAGGUUCUGCAGCAAAACAAUAGUAGUUUUCUGAGUCACAGAGCACAUUAGCUUCAAUCCCAUAUUUACCAGGUUUUGUAGGAAUAUAUAAACGGAAUUUGCAUCUGCCAUGAAAUGUUAUAAGCUGCUCGUCUAUUACAACUGACUCUGAAGGAGCCAAAAAGUCUGGAAAUUUGCCUGUGACACGCUCCCAUAUAUCUCUUGCUGCAGCAAAGUUGUCGUAUUCUUUACGAACAUCUCGAGUAGUUUUAUCAUCAAACCUUAUACAUUUUUGGAGUAGUUGGAAACAGUAGUGUGAAAACGUAGCCCUAUAAAUUGGCAAAUUCUCUUCAUUGAAUAAGUCGAUAAGCGGAUCUUUGUUUUGCUUGUAAGCACCUGCUGUUAUCAAGAAACCGAUGUAGCCUAAUAUUUCUUCUCUUUCAAAACUCCUAGAUUUUUGUAUGAAGAUGUGGAGUGCUUUCUUUUACAAGGGCGAGUUUCUGGUUCGUAUAUUGCGAAAUAAAUUCGAUGGUGUCGUCAUCGAAAAAAAAAGGAAUCGCUUCAAGUGGCGUUUUAGGAUUUACUCCAUUUUUGAGACCUGGCGCUUCUUUCAUAACAUUAGCAGCAAUUUGCCUUCGUCGGGCAAUAGGAUCAGAUUUCCAUGCAACACCUGAUGCAGAAAUCAUGUCAGAAUUAAUUUGAUUUAUUACAGCUUUAGGCCGUGGACGACGUCUUGCUGUAGAAUCUAGAAAAAAAAACAAUCAAAACUACUAAUAAACCAUUUUGAAGAUAGAAGUACCAUUAUUUUCUUCCGUACUACUACUUUCCUCAUCUAAUUCCUCAUCCAUAAUUUCUUCGGAACAUUCAUGCUGCGCUGAUUGAAUAUUUGAAGCUAAAAGAAUACAAAAAAAAAUAGAAUACAAACACAGUAAAAUAUUGGCCACAACGCGCUACGUUUUUAUGAUUUUUUGAAACUAGUUAUUUAUUUACUUAUUUAUAAUAUAUGUUACUUACUAGAUAAUGAGUUAUUUUUUGUUUCUUGACAAAAGCGAUUCUGCUGUUCACCUUGAUCGUCAUCGGAUUCUUUGCAAAUCUGGAUCUAUGUAAUCCCUCACAUCAUCUUCAUCCUCAGCAUAAAGAGCUUCUUUCAAUUCGCGAUCAGUCAAAUAUCUUCCACUCAUAUCAAAAUGAAACAGUUAGAAACUAUAAAAAAACUGUAUCAGCACUGAACUACACAAUAACUGUAUCGAUACUACUGGUAAAAAGUCGCCAGACGCGGACACAUCGGUAUUUUUACAAAGCAUGUGUAUCGUAGUAUGCAUUAUAAAAACGUACGCCGAAGGUUAAACAUUUUACCAUUACCAACAAAUGUUAUGUCUAUGGGUUAAAAAAUACACAGUUUAAAAGUCAUAAAAGAUUUUUGGAUAGAAAUUAAAAACAGCUAAGGAAUGCUGAAAAAAAAGAGGCACUGACCCCCCCGUUCCAGGUGCGACUGUUAAGAAAUUCCGGUGGCCUGUAAAAAAUACCUAAGGGUGUUUUUAUAUUUUAAAUCCUAAAUUCUAUCGAAUAUGGUUCACAGUAUGAACUUUUUACAUCUGGUAUUAUCUUAAAUGUCGGUGACGAUUUAAUGUACAAAACAAUGUCAUCACCUCAUAUGAGUUACCAGGUCUCCAUUAAAUCUAAAAUUUCAUAUUCAUUGUGAUUUUUAAAGCUCUCUAAGAUAUCGAUAAGUCUUUUUAAACUUUACCCGAAUAUUUUUAAAAGAUAAUGGCCUAUUUUUGAGCUGUAAAUCUUUGCUAUAACCGCUGAUUUUUACGGUUUAAAAGACAUUAAAUUUCAAUGAGUUCUUCUUUGGCUAACCUUUUAAUCAUGUGACAUCUUCAUUAUUAAAAUUUAAAUUAUUUGUUCAACAACAGAUGAUUUUAUCUUUAUCAUUUUGAAUUUCAUUUAACUUCUUAAUUUUUGCUACAGAAUAUUUAUAACUAUAAUAAUAUAUAUAUAUAGAUAUAUAACGAUAUAUAUAUAACGAUACAAACGAGGCUUGUCUCCUCUGGAGUGCACCGAGCCUGAAUAUUCACAAAGUCGACGGUCAUAUUUUAGCCUCGUAUGGUGUCUAUUAUUUCACACCAGCAUUCUCGCUGAUUCGUUCUCAUCUUGGUGGGAUAGGACUAGAUAUUGGUAAUGGUACAAAAACGAAAAGUAUUGGAAUAUAAAUAUAAAUCUUUCUGCGUUUCUAAAGAAAACGCACAUCUCUGCUGGGUUGCCACCGGUUAUGUAAUUUUAUGGUUUUGCAUCGGAAAUUUUCUUUCUUUAUGGUAAUUUUUUUCUUUCAGUGAUUGUAGUAUAAAAACACGUUUUCUUUGAAUAAUUUAUGUUAAGACUUUAUUCCUAAAAAGCCAACGUUUCGGGGCUUAAUUUGGGCUAUAUGUAUAGAUUAAUAAAAUGGGAAUUUUGUGGUCGUCCAAAGGUAUCCCUGCAACACACAGUCUUCUUCAUGUUUUGAACACAAAGAUGUUCAUUCUCACAGGUUCUAAGAGAGUACAUAGUAGGCAAGUAAUAUAUUAGACUAAAUUUAGAAUUUUAAAAAAUAAAUUGAGUAAUUUUUACAAAAAUUAUUUCUAGCUCCUUGUUGAACAACAAAGUUAAUGCUAAAACAAAAAAUUUUAUUUCCACCUCUUGACGUAUUUUGGCGAUUUGUGAAUUUAAUAAUUACGCCGAACAGAAAAAUGUAUAGAACAAAAAAUGGGUAUUAGAAGGAACUAUUAGACAAAAAACAAUCCCAUGAAUUUUUGAAAUUUGCAGACCUGUUUGGAUGCCUGAUUGAUUUUACUAAUAGUUUUCGAGUGAAACUGAGAAGUCGGAUAAAUCGAACAUAAUCUCAGAAUCGUGUCAAAUCACUGUUCUAAUAGCACUUAAAUGUUUUAUACUGAACUACUAUACUUUUAUAGAAAAUAUAUAAAAGAAUAAAAACCCUUAAACGUUUUAGUUCCAUCCAUAAUUUUGAUCAUCGUACUAUCAAUAGCCUAGUACUACUAGGAAACUAUUUCAUUGGGUUUUAGUAUUAAUUUAUAUUAUUUUGCGUUUAAAUAAUGUAUGGUAUUAAAUGGUAUCUAAAUUGCUGGAAAACCUAUAUUCUAUCAAUGAUUUUGCUGUAAACACUGUUUUAAGUUAUGAACAGCAAUUUUUUUUUUAUUUUCACAUAUGACAACUAUGAAAAUCUAUUUUCAUCCUAAGAAGCAUAAUUUGUAAAAAGAAAUAUUGUUAUUUUCGAUGAAAGUUCUUUAAUUAUAAUUUUAGGGACAAUAAGUUCAUUUGCAUUUUAUUAAGAUGAUAAAGUGAAAAGUCCUAAAAUAGCAGUUAAGUUAAUCGUUUGAAUCAAAAAAUACUGUUAGUAAUGUUUGAAAUCCUUAUAUUAUAUAAAUUGCAGUUUAAAAUUAUGUGAUACGAUUUAUUUAAUUUAUUUACUUUUAGGAUCUAUUGUGUAAAGUUUUUUUCUGGUUCUCCGUUAGUUAGCUAUUUGUUUUUAGGAUGUUUAAACAUAUAUUAUCAUAGGGAGAUUUAGUUUGGAAAUUCCUGAUUAAUGUAUUAUACAGGGUGUUUUAGAAAGGCACUGACAAAAUUGGUUUGUUCUUAAAACUUCUCAUCUAUACGGAUAUCGGCGUCAAAGUUUAACUUUCGGUUUUUUAAACUAGGUUUCAUAGAAGAAUUUCAAUAAAAGUUAUUGCAAUAAGGGUUUGUUGAUACGAGUUAUUUAAAUUUGACCUUUAUUUGUUUAAAAUUUAUAGUUGGCACACAUAACAUUUUUGUAUGAACUUUUAUAUUAAACAUUUUUAUGUAAAUUGACGAUGGGGAUUUAGUGCUUUAUAUUCUGGGAUUAUUUCUGGAAUAAAAAUGUUUUAAAAAUAAUCAUUUUGAUAAAUUUCGUUAAAAAAGCGAAACUACUUAAAUUUUUUAAAAAGUUAUUAACGAAAAUCAAAAAAAAACUUUGAUAUCCUGUAUCUAUUAAGUAUGAAUUUAACAAAUUGGGGUCUGUCACAAUUUUUUUUUUUUAAAUUUUAACGCAAAGUAUAACCUCUUAAGCACCUUUUUGAAACGUUCUGUCUAUUUAAAAUAAUUUGGCUCUUGGUCUUCUUAUUCUUGAAAAUUUUAUAUGAUUGUGAUAUCCAAUCUUAUCCUUUGCAAUUGCAGUUCGCGAUCAUUGGAUUGUAUUUAUAUGGCUUAAAAUUAUGAUUAUUGAAAUCCUAAAGGAAUGACUUUCUCAUUAUCUUAAAAAGUUCUAUCAAAUUUUAAACAGAAACUCUUUUUCAGUAUUGCCUACAUCUUGAUUGGCCUGAGGUGCAAUAAAAGGAGGGAAACCGGAAUCGUAUAGCUUGCCAUUCGCUCUAGUUUCGAAAAUUGAUCUAUCAGGAGUUUCCAAAUUUUAUUUUAUAAAUUGGAAAUAUAAACAAGCUUGACAUUUUUGUGUAUAAAGCUUACUAGCCAUUAUAUACAGGAUGUGCUAUAAAAACAGUUAUAGAGCAAGAGUUCAUUCAGUCUUGGUAUAUAGCUUAGGUGCUCUACGGCCCAUAUAGAACAGUCUGUAUAUUAACAAUAUAUUUAUAUAUUAUCAACCUUCUUAAGUUUACACCAAAUUGUAUAUAGUUGUACAUAAAAUUAGAAUUAAGUGCAAUGUUUAGAUCUGCGUUUUAAAGAUUGUAGCCGUUAAUCGAUAAUGUUUACCGAAUCUAAAAUAGUUUGCUAAUUGGGUAUAGCUUCUCAAAUUUUUCGUAAUAAAUUAUUAUAUGUUUUUUUUUACACGUAUUGAAUGGGCAUUUUGGUUUUAAAUUAUUAUUUUUUAGGGUUAUUUAACAUUUAAAAGUAUCUUAAGGGAUAAACAAAUUAUACUUGAAUACGGGAUAUAAGUGAAUUCAACGAUGGGGAUUUAUAAUACCUUUAACUCUGGAUGUGUUGGCUUAUAGUUUUUAUUUUUCUGGUCAUUUAUGGAAAUUAAGGAUUAGCUGGAUGAAUAAGAUUUCACAAUUACACAGUAAUAUAUUUCUUAAAACUGCUUUUAUUCGUCUGAGUAAUAUUUAAAUUAAAGUAUUUUAAUAGAUAAACUGAUUCCAGUUUUUAUUUUAAAAAAAUUUGUUUAAAUUUUCUAGAGAUUUAGGUCCUGUUUUAACGAAAAUGGGUAAAUUACUUAUUUUAAACAGGAUAGGCUAUUUUUUCACAUUUGGAUAGAAAGUGACUUUUUAAGAUCAAAUAAUUUAAAAUCAAAAUAUCCUAAUUUCCAUAGGCUCAUUAACAUAAGUUCCAUAUCCCAGCUGUAUACUAUAGUUAUUUCUACUAUUUUUUUUAUUAGUGCCUACCAUAAGCAUUUAUACGAUUAGGGUUGAUAUGUAUGCGGAUGUAGACUUAAGGUUUAUAAUAGUAAUUCUUUAAUAUCAUAAGGUUUAAAUAAUAAAUAAAUGGAUAAGCAUAAUUAAAUGCAAA